UGAGAGAGAAAUGAGAUUCAAAAAUCAUGUUCCGUAUUAACGUGGUGCACAGUCACACUUACUAGUCCAUACAAGUUGCCGAGUCUGCUCGCCAUGGAUUACACGGUUACGCCCCUUCUUAAAACACCUUACUCAACUGAAGCCCACGUACUCCUUCCCUUCCCUGCUUGCACCAUAUCUUCCUCAAAAGUCUCCUGCACUGCACACGCGCGCUUCACCGAGCGCCCCCUGGCUAGCCGAUCGGCCAUGCCGAGCACGAGCUCGCCGAGCGGCCGCGCCGGCAGGAAGUGGUACGCGCGCGCGGACCUGUUCCUGACGGUCGCCGUCGCCGCGACGCUCUGCUCGGCGACCUACUGCUUCUCGAUAUGGCACAACGGGCGCAACGCGCCGGAGAAGAUCGUCUUCGGGCCGACCCCCUUCGUCGCCGUCGCCGUCUCCGGCACCGGCGUCACGCUGUGCGGCGGCCGGGGGUCCGCCGCCGAGCUCGACUUCGAGACGCACCACUCCGCCGAGAAGGCCGGGCUCUCCGUAUCGUCGUCGUCGGCCCCGGCGACUGUCGCAGGGCGGCGCUCAUUGCGCGCGGCCGCGACGGUGCCCAUGGACGCCGAGCGCCGCGAGCCCUGGCUUGGCGUUGACGGGGAACUAGCCAGCGGCGGCAGCGGCCGCGGACGUACUGCGGGCAAGGUGGGGGCGCGCGUCGAUGGCGGCGACAAGCUCCGGUCCCUCGCACACGACGGCGGCGUGCGCACGUAGGCCGAAGCGGCGGCGUGCCAUGUCCCGGCUCGUGCCGGCGACGGGCGACCUCGACGACGGAGUCAAGGUCCACCCGGCCCCUAUCGCGGCUCGCUUCUCAAAGACAUGGUCGUCGUUUGUUCCGUUUGGACGCUGCUAGUAUUUUACUCAGUUUCAGUCCUUUUCUUGGAUAAUUCCUGAAUAUGAAAUGAAUUGGGUCUAUUUUCAGCGAAAUAUCAAAUGAAGCGAUAGGGACCGGUA